UGGAGGCUCGGACUAAAGAUCCCCAAACCACUUGGAGGGCCAGAACUCCAGGUUGUACCUUGGUAGAAGUUGAGAAUAAUGCUCAGAUAGAGGGACUCACUCCCUUAACCUCAAAGACCUGAGGAGUUACCAUUGAAUGGAUUUGCGAGAUAUCCCACUUCUGCACACACAAAAAAACACUCCCUUAGCCCUCUUGCUUGCCACUCUGUCUCCUGCCCACUCGGGGGGCGGGGCUCGAGGGCAAGGCUGGUAGCUGUUUCAGUCCUCGAGAGCCAUCAGUUCCUACCAGACUCUUGCUGGGGGAGCCGGCCUACCCCAUGGCAGAACACAGGACCUCAAACUUGAACCCCCUUCAAUCCAGUGGCGGGGGUGGCUCCGGAGGGCCAGUGUCCUUGAGGGUUGACACUCCAACCUUAUUGAGUGCCCAGGUGGCUCCUGGCAGGAUGAUGGUCCAGCCAGGAGUUGGGCCAGGCAUUUUCCCAGGCCCUGACAUGUGGGGGGUGCCCCUGGGUCCCCUGCCUUAUGAAUUCCGGGGCAGGAUGACCUCGUGUGGAGCUGGCGAAAUAGGAGUCUGGUGCCAGAGGCCUCCCGAGGGCACUUGUUCUGGACCUUACAUUGCUCUGCGGAGCCUCCCGAAAUUGGCGCUGCCCGAAGAUGUCUUAGCUAUUAAAAAGGAGAUGGAGCAGCUGGCUAAGGAGCUGAAGCUGAAGAGGAUGACCCUAGGGUACUCGCAGGCGGAUGUGGGGUUCGCCGUGGGAGCUAUGUUUGGAAAGGUGCUUAGCCAGACAACCAUAUGCCGCUUCGAGGCCCAGCAGCUCAGCCUCGCCAACAUGUGGAAGCUGCAGCCGCUGCUGAAAAUGUGGCUAGAGGAAGUGGAUGCCAAGAACCUUCUGGGCUUAUGCAAAAUGGAGAUGAUUCUGCAGCAAGCUCGGAAGCGGAGACGGGCAAGCAGGGAGAGACGAAUCAGAAACAACCUGGAGAAACUCUUCCUGCAGUGCCCAAAGCCUACACCCCAGCAAAUCAGCCGCAUCGCUGGGCACCUCCGGCUGCAGAAGGACUUGGUCCAAAUUUGGUUCUAUAACCGGAACCAGAUGGGCAGUCGGCCAAUCAACGACGCCUUCCCACUGGAGAAUGUGGGAAUGGCCGGGCCUUCUUUCCCAGGGCCACCAGUGUGCUUUCCGCUGGCACCAGGGCUCCAUUUUGAUUUCCCCCACUAUGGGGGGUCCUACCUUACACCCAUGUACUCCUCUACCCGUUUUCCUGGGGGAGGAGCCCUCCUCUGUGCCCCGGCCACCACUCUGGGCCUCCCCAGGCUUUCAAGCUGAGGGGCCUGUCCCAUUGGGGAAGAUAAGAGAGGGAGGGAAAGGGAAAGCUGGGGAAGUCCCUGGGAUUCAUUUCAGGGCCGUUAGCCUUUUGUUAAGAAUAUGUACUAGGGAAUGAGGGUGGGAAUUGUUUAGGAAAAAACUGGGAGGGAAUUUGAAGUUUACAACUGCUUUGUUUUUCCCUAAUAUUGAUUUGAAGGCAUAUUACAAUAUAUAGUUAGUUUCUA